UUGAGGGGCCACGCUUUGUGGCUAUAGGGGCCGCAUGUUUGACAUGGCUGUUCUAAAGUAAAGUUGAAAAGCAAUGACAGUGAAGCAUGUAUAUCUUUCAGACAAUUUUGAAUAGGAAACAUAUCAGACAAAUGCUUGCCUUUGCGGACCUUACUGUUGGUUUCAUUUAAACACACGGUAAUAAUCCUAACUAGUUUCAUGGAUGUACCACAUUCAGUGAAAAUGUAUAUUGUACAAUACUUCCCUCCUAUCUGAAUGAUAGACUUGAAGUUUCUCCAGUAUUUUAGAAUGUAAGAAAUUUUAUCAGUAAUUGAUCUGUUAUGUUGACGCCCAGAUUGAUAAUCCAAAAUCAUUUUGUCUACACUCACAGUUCUCUGAGAGAUAUUUGGGAAAGUUUUAUAUAACAGUGGUUGCCUCAAUGAAUGGUGUAGUUUGUUUUAUCACCUUUCUUGUAAAUAUGUAUAAUAGACACCUUCCACUGCUCAGACAGCUCUUGCAUGUUCCAAAUAAGAGUUAAUUUGUUCAUGGAUCUCGGAUCCAUUGGCCAAAUGUGACUUUUUUGGAAGUGUUUGCCAAAUCCCAAGGCAGAGGGACAUUGUGAUAGUGUCUGCAGUUGGUUGUAUGCAUUGUAUAUGGCAACUGUGCAAAUUUGUGUUGCAAAUUAAUAAAGUGAAAGAAGAUAUGAGAAAUAUAAGCUAAUAAAACUGGCUAACAGCUCCUAAGCUUGCCAUUUGUGUUUUACCUUAUAUGUAACUUUGAUGUGACGAUUGUUUGUAUUGUUCUAAAACAGAGUCACAGACAGUCAGACAGUUUUCUAAGUCUUGGAAACAUUUUUUCUUAGCUGUCAUUAAUGAUAACACAUUUGACCCUCUCUUUUCUCUGAAUGCCUUGUGGGUAAAUGUGGAUCCUCUUCAAAGCAGAGAAUUGCCACUUGAUGUGCUCUGUUUGCUAGGAUGAUUAGUAGUAAGGCGGAUAAUUUUGUGACUUCAGGUAAUCUCAUGCCCAUAGUUGAAGUAAUGAAGUAUUUCAACAUGUGAAAAAUAAUACUUUGUGAAACUUCUUAUGCAAAUUAAUAAUGGAAAGCCCGGUGUCAGAAGAAGAAAAUAGGAAUACAGAGAAUGCCGCCUUUGGGAUGUGGCACCAUGUAGUUAUUGUGAUAACCGACGUUUUGGAGGAGCGUAUCACCUCCAUCUUCAGCGUAUAAAAAAUGCUCGAGCGAGGAAUCAGCCUGAACAUGUGGCUGUAGACUGCAGACUGUAGCCACCUGCUCCUUCACACAAAUUCUAUUCUAUUCUGCUCAAAAAUGGUCUUUUGCUAGUAUUAUGUUAAAAGACUGCGAGAAACUUUUAGGACUUGAAUGAUAAAUGAGUCCUUAUAUUUUUCUGUUUGAGUGUGAGGAGUUUCUUAGAUUACUUUAUUGCAUCAGAUCUCAUGAUGCUUAGAAGAGCCAUGAAACCUGGAACAUUCCCAAAAUAUUGAUCAAAUCCAAAUGCACUUUGCCUUAUAAAAUUUAAAUUUUACCUUGUUUUAUAUUUCUUGCAUGUGCAGGAAAUGAAUUAGGUCAGUUUGUACAGUGGUGUAAUCAAUGUCACUGCUACUUGGGUCUACUUCUUACUCCAUUCAAACUUUAAACGCUGGACUUUUAAAAUUGCAGUAGAUUGAGCUGGCUGGAGUUUAUUUAAAUGCCCACUGCUGGCAUACUCUGCAUUUAAAUGUCCCUUCCUGUUAGGACACUUGAACUGAAUUAGAAAAUGCUGUAUGUAAUAUAAUGUUUAUGAUGAAUGGAAUGAACUUGGUUUUUGUCAGCAAGGAACACAGUGUUGCAUAUUAUAACGUUAGAUUUGAAAAUAUAUAGACAAAAAAUUAUGAACUAGUUUUAAUUUUAUUUCUUGUAUGGUUGAUGCAUACUGUAAAAGUCGUUCCCCGCUUCUUCACAUAGUAGUACUGAGUUUUAAAAUCAUUCCUGCGUGUAGCUUUGAAAUAUUUUUUAAUUCUCUGGUGCCAUAAAACAGCUGGAAGCAGUGAAGUCAUUUGGUUCUCUGGUGGCAAGUUUCACAUCUUUGUUACACUUCAGAUAUUCCAGUCUUUUAACUUACGGAAAGAAAAGUGAAAACAUGGCCUUUCAAGAAAGACUAGAGGAAAUAUUCAUUGUUUCCUACUUCACUGCCAAGCCCUGCCAUUUCAGCUUCAAAAGAAUAUUGCCCUUCCUAUGGUCGCAACCAAACGCUUGCAUCACAGCAAAAAUAUAGAGUGCAUUCAGUUUUGUGAGAGUUCAUAGUGAAUUUGAAUAUUGUAGUUUCAUUUUAUCAUGAAAUGGCAAUGAAACGUUGUUUGGAAGAUGAUAAACUUGAAAGGCAAUUGAAAUACAAGAUAUGUGAUGUGGGACUGCGCUUUCUUGGGUGCUUCAAGGAGUUUUACACAAAGGCGCGAUUCAGAUAAUGACGCUUGGGGUUGAAGCCUAUAUAUAUGUUGAGCAGAUAAAAAAAAAGUACGUAUAUUGAAUUUUACUGUAUUAAAAAAUAAAUAUUUAGGAUCGUGCAUACGCUUCUACUAGCGGCUUUUAAAUGUCCGAAUGCACAAAUCAGGGCACUUUGGAUACGACUAUCGUCGUACCAAUCGGUAUAUUUCGGACGUUAAAGGUUCAUUUAUUUACGUUAGGCAAGUUAUGAAGUUAUGCUUAUGAUAAUUAUAUUUGUGGGAUUUGAGGUUCUCACAACGGUCGUUAUCAAGAGCUCUUUCGUCUGGGAAAUACCGUGUAGUCCGUUGAAAGUCUUGUCCACUUUCAGGCUCGAAAUAUAAGCAAAGCAAGAAACCAGAUUGAAUCAGGAUUGUUUCAUAUUCCUUUGAAACGUCCGUUGACUUCUGAUUGGCUAAAAGGCGUUAUAUCGCAACAGACAGAAGUCUUCAUAAUUAUAUUUGUUUUCUGGCCUGACUACAAAAAGUUGCUACAAACCACGUCUCGCGAUUGCUGAACACUCCGUAUUUGGUUUAAAGAACAGUUUGAAAAAUUAACUAAUGGUUAAGGAUGGCCAUUAUAUUUAUGUUCCUGUCAGAAAAAGAAUCGUCUUUCGUUCUGUCAUACAUUCGUACAAAUAUUCGCCAAACCCAGGGCCUGUGCUCUGAACUAUGGUCUGUAUUGCAUUACAUUUAUUGGACAACACGCUUCAUGCGCGUUUCCCUCAGAAACUUAGUAGUCUGUGACAAAUCACAGCUGCCUCCUCUGCCUUCACUACGGUCAUCCGCGCAACGAAGUACGGAUUAAUCUACGAAGUAUCCAUACGCAUGUUAUCUGUGCUCACGUCGAAGAUUGGGAACUCUGUUCAAGUGUGGGGGUCAAGCUGUCGUAUGGUCCUGCGAUUUUAUGCUCUCACGUCUUAAUAUCACGAUAAUAUUCGCUCAGGGCAUUUGUCUCUUUUCAUUUGUAAAGUAGGCAUAGAUGUCGUCUCACAUAAAAAUGGUGUACUCUGUGACAGCAUUAUGCUUUUUGAGAUGUGAAUUGGAUGUGUAGAGGAAACUCAAUAAAUUCCUAGAAUACGAAGAAAUAGUGCCAGAGAUGAAUAAAGGGAAAUUGUAAGAUGGGUAAAGUAUUUAAUUAGGUAUUAUGCCAAAGCACAAGAACAGAGAUGGAACAGUAGAUCUUUGUAGUGUGCACAAUCAUGAUAAGUUUAAGCCCUAAAGAUGAAAGUGAGCAGAUGUUAAAAGAGUGUACAGAAUAGCUGAAAAUGAGUCUUUUUCAUAAGAAGGAGAGAAAGAAAAAAAGAAGUCUUUUGGAAGAUUGGAAUAUAGACUCAGUUCUGCCCGAGAGUCAGGUCUGUUAUGAAGAAGAAACUAUGGAGAAUGGAGAAACUAUAUUGCCAAGCAGAAAUACUGAUGGAUUACAGCCUUUAAGUGAUGGGGACUGCACUCCUAAAAAGCAUAAAAGGAACAAGAGAGACAAAAAGGAAUUCCACAGUACAGAAGAAAAUCAGAAUGCUAGUGUGUCACAGUGCGGAGAAGAGUUGGAAAGAACAGAGAAAGGAGCUCUAUGUACAGUAAAGAAUUUGCCAUCAGAGGGACAGGAGCAGAUUGAAGCCCAAGAAUUAUAUGAAACAUUACUGGCUGAAGCUGAUGAUGUCAAUACAGAAUUGCCAUCCCACAUAAAAGAGAAACUAAAAAGGAUACAAAUACUAGUGCCAUUCGAUGUUCCUCAAUCCCAUUGUGUUGAAACACGUUUUACACAUGUACCUACAGAAGAACAGAAGAGACAGCUAGCUGAUCUUGGUGUGCAGUUAAAGUACAAGAAAUUUUCUUCAUAUGAAGAUGCCAUUAUUUGUAAAAACUGGGAACAUUUCAGCAAAGAGUAUAAUUUUGAAGAUGUAGAACCAUUUCUGUUAUUUGGACAUAAACAUUUUUGCUGCUUGAAGUAUUCUGAACGGAAACAUUUUGUCCAGUAUGUGGGACAUGGCCUUCCACAUCGUACAUUGUAUAGCAUAUAUGCAAGAUUUCAGAUGUUAUACAGGCCAUAUGUAAAAGGAAAGUUCACUGAAGUAGAAGAUGAUGUUAUUAAAUGCCAUGUGUCAAAAGGAAUGGAUAGACAGCCAUUUUCAACACUGUCCAAACUCUUCAACAGAGACAGACUUUCUAUCUACAAGAGAUACAAGUGGCUUGAACGUGAACUUCCAGGAGAACAAGGACGUGUGACUUGGACAUUGCAGAAAGUUGAAAUGGUAAUAAGGAGUCUUUUGAAAGUCACUGGUUUAAAAAACGUGGAAGACCUACGCAAUAGACAUAUUUCAUUAACAGACUGGAGAAAAGUUGAAAAGGACUGUGGAAUUAGAGCGGACUGUGUUAGAGACAUUUGGAGGUUUAAAUUGUCCACACAACUGUUUUGUCCUAAACCAAUAUACUUAAAGGAAAUUAGAAUUAAACUAAUAAAGAGACUUUAUAGAGAUGAUGUCAAGUAUUGGCAAGACAUAAUCUGGAAUGAUAUAGCAACGGAUUUUGGUGUCGGUCCAUUGUUCUUAUGGGCAUUAUUUCGAAAGUUGCUUAAAUCAUGUUAUCCGAGGCAUGACUGGGAAUACUUCAGAUCUCAUUUCAGGGAUAUUAUAAAAGGCUUGAAAAAGCGGUACAUACCAAUCUUGAAAACGAACAGUAGAAACUACCAACUUCAAAGGUUAAGAAUGGGAGAAAAUGGAAACCUGUUUGUUCUUCAAGAAGAUGAUUGUGUGGUGCAUUAAAUUUUCAGACCAAUUUGUACUGUGAAUUGGUAGUUGUUUUGAGAAGGUACCAUCUCUUCUUUUAUGCCAGUGGUUUGCUUCCAUUUAAGAUAUGUCUUUUUUCACAAGUGUUUGUUUUGGUGGUGACAAGAUGUAGCAGAAGUAAUGCUGUGAUCUCUUGAGUAAGAGUACAAGUCACCAUCAUACAAAUCAUUGCUGAAGACUGCAGUCAGUGCUACAGAGACAUUGUUCUUUUUAAUUUUCAACAACAUACUAUUUGGAUGAGCUAGAAAACCAUCAAACAGUUUAAUGCAAGUCACAUGAUUUCAGAUUAAUAAAGUUAAUUAAUUUUUGUUCACACCUA